AUGCUCUACGUUGCUUUCUUCAUCAUCGAAAUUAAUUUCGUCGAUAAGGUCCUCAAACGUCGGAAAUUCAUAACUGAGAAAAGUGGUAGUCAUGGCAAAGAAUCGGCUGAUGGUGAUAGUGAACGGGUAUACGAUGAAGAAGUGGAUGAUAGAAUACUGAAUUUGGAUGUAGCGAAAACAGUAGUGGAACAAGCAUUGGCUGCUGUACCCGCCACUGAAGCUUCAGGUAUGCUUAUGGAGAUGUGGAAGGAAUGCAACAAAGUAGAAGUUCCUAACAUUGAGAAGAUCCGCUCCUUAAUUGUGGAUAAGCUGAAGGAAUUCGAUAAUGAGGACACCCGGUUAUUCGAAAUAGAGCUGGCCGCUCGCAGCGGAAAGUCCAAAUUCGAGCUCUAUGAGGAGGCGCUGAGGAAGACAUCCACGGAAAGAAUGCAUCGAUUAUAUAUGCAGUGGCAAAAAGAUGCGUUUGUCGAAUCGAAAAUCCGCGAAGUGUAUCGUGGACUUUGUGAGGGUGGAUGGAUGAAUGACAAGGACUGGACAGAAAUGGAGAGGAUUAUGCACGAUUUCCCGGACGAAUUUGAUGCUGAGUUCAUUACAAAAUGUCUCGAGAAAAGCCCGAAGUCUGCUGCCAUAUGGGAUGUGUACCUUGAAAAGUGUGUGGACGAGUCAAGCAUGUCAUCAGAUGAUUUCAGAGCCUUGUGCAGUCGGGCUUUAGAGAAGGUGGAUCCAGACGAGAGCUAUCCGAUUUGGCAACAUGCGAUUGACUUACAGCAUCAUGCACGCCCCCAACGAGACCGAACAGACUUUCCAAGAUGCGCUGAAGUAUGCGAACGCCAGCGCGUUGCUUCAAAGAUCAAAAUAUUGUUCAUGGAGUAUCUCAACGAGCUUUUUGAUGAGGGAAAACUAAGUGCUGAGCGAUUAAGAGAAAGAAUAAUGGAACUGAUCAACAGCAAACCCAACAGAUCUGACUUCUACUGUGCUUUAUACCGGAAGGAAAUGGAGCGGCCCAAUCCUGACUCUAAAUUCGCUGGUUUUGCGCAUCAGGAACGCCAGUCAUGGAAAAGGAUGACAGGGCUUAAGCUGUUCGAAGGGCCAGAAUUGGACGAGUUCCUAGUAAGAUGGACUCAGUUGCUUCAGGACGCCGCCACUGAUGUUGAAGAGAAGAAUGAUGGCUCUAAAAAGAACGGUGCAUCGCAGGAAAGUGGUCCCGAAACGGUAAAUGAGGAGGAUGCCACCGUUGUUAAGAAAGAAAUGGAGUGUCGAUGUGAAUGUGAAAACCUGCGAGAUGCGAAGAAGAUGAAAAGAAGGAAAAGGAAGGCGGAGUAG